UUCUGCUAGUCCUUCAUGAUUCAGACACAGUGGUAUGUUCGUUAAGGUCAAACCUAUACUCACUGUUCAUAACUUUUGAUACGUCCACUGGACGAAAAAUUAAUCUUGUACCUUAGACUGUAAUUCUGUUGUGGCACAACAGUUCCAGUGGUUUCGACUUGAAAGACUGACAACUGUCCUACAAAGGCAAGUAACCUGCUCAAUAACCGUAACGUUCCGAGUUUCGCAUCCUAGUUCAUGGAAACAAACUCAACCAAUUCCUGUUGAACUAACAUAGGUAAAGAUAGCCAUGCGUUAUCAAUAGUGAGAGUUUCAAAUCUUUUUGUAAAGACCGAACUUGACUGAUAAGUUUUAAUAUCUGAUAUCGUAACGAUAGCAAGAUGCGGCUCUUCGGCUGGGAUACCUGGAGAGGGUCUUUCCGAGGACAGUCUGCUUUGGUAGAUCCAGACGCACCGUCGAAACGAACCGAUUCUACAUCGGUAAAUGACGACGACGACGACAUCAUGAAUCUAUCAUCAGAUCAGCAACAGAUUCUUGAGCAGUUUCGGGACCGCGUGAAAGGUCUUCUACCUCCCGACAAGCAGGAGGAUCAUGACCUACUUAAAUGGCUCGUGGCCCGUAACUACAACAUUGAUAAAGCUGAGAACAUGAUAAUGAAGAGUAUGGGAUGGAGGAAGGAGUGGGAUGUCGAAACGGUUCUGGAGUGGGACGUUCCUGAAGUCCUUCAGAGGUAUUAUCCUGUGGGAAUGGCUGGCCACGACAAAGGGGGACUGCCAGUGUGGAUUAUUCCCUACGGCGGAUGCGACAUGAGAGGGCUCUUGUCCAGCGUACGCAAGAGGGAUUACAUCCGAUACACCGUUCGGGUCCUGGAAGCGUCGCUGCAGGACAUGAAGAAGCAGACCAAGAUCCUUGGCUAUCCUGUGACUCAGCAGUGCUGCAUCUUUGAUUUGGAAGACUUCUCCCUCAGACAUGUGACGUGGAAACCUGCAAUGGACGUCAUCCUCGAACUGGUUCAGCUUUAUGAAGCCAACUAUCCAGAGCUUCUAAAAUGCGCUUACGUCAUUAAUGCACCGAAGGUAUUUACUUUGGCCUACGCUAUCAUCAAGCCCUUCCUCCACGAGGUCACGCUAAAAAAGAUUCGAAUAUAUGGAUACAGUGGCUGGAAAGAAGACCUCCUCAAAGAUAUUGACGCGGACCAACUUCCUCAACACUGGGGAGGGACCAGAGCAGAUCCAGAUGGUGACCCAAAGUGUCCUUCACAGAUUUGUCUUGGAGGUGAAGUACCUAAAGAAUACUACAUGAGCUUAAGCAAGAGUACCUUAUCCAAGCUAGAGGGCAAAGAGAAUCUGUCGACUCUGACUCUAGGCAAAGGAGAUAAAAAACGCUUGAAGUUCGAGGUUAAAAAGCCAGGCUCACAUUUGAAAUGGGAGUUUCGCACGGAAGACUUCGACAUAGGUUUUGGUGUCACUCGCAAGGUUAAGAAGGGCGAAGAAGAGGUUUUAGUGCCUAUGCAGCGCGUCAAUUCUCAGCUAGUGACCGAGGAAGGUUGCUUAACGUGCAUGGAACCAGGAACAUACGUGAUUACCUUCGACAAUGAAUUCAGCUACGUGAGGUCAAAGAAAAUUUGGUACACAGUCUACGUGGAAGCUGCAUCGUGAGAAAAUACUCUGAAUACUACAUGUUCAUGUGCCUGUGAUAUAUCUUAUUUUCAAGAUACACAGGGGUGAUGGAAAGGACAUUGAUUGGAGCCAGUUAUGUGUUCAUUGGAAUAGCUCUGAAUAGCUUUAAAAAAAGUGUUUUAUGUACCUUGUGUGAUAAGCAGUAUCAUUGUACGUAUUUUGACCUGGAAAAUCGUCUGUCAUAAUACGAUAGUAAGUUUCUUUAUUACGUUGUUUACCUAAACAACUAAAACAAAUUUUAAACUGUGUAACAUUCGAAUAGGUUGUGAAACAUCAUUGUAAUUUUUUUUUUUUUUUUUUUUUUUUUUGUAUUUCUUCCUUACCGAAGUAGAUCUUUAGCACAGUAUCAGGUUAAUUGUGGACGGAAUAAUCCCAUUAGUUUUUCUAACAAAUGCGGUUUACGCUAUUUGCACUUUUACCCAAAAAUUAUUUUCUCCAAAUGUUUUACUCUAAAACCCUGGUGUUAAUAACAACAGGGCUUAUGGUAGCAGAUACCUAUGUUUUUUUUUCUGGGGUAUUUUUCUCAUAGUUACGAAUACUAUCAUUUAAGAAACAUACAAGGACCCAUCACGUCCUAAAAUCAUGUCCUUCUGAAGUGUGUUAGAUCUUAUAUUUAUUCAGACAGCCAGUCAGGAUUUGAGAACAAACUGUCACUCCGUAAUUGUAGAUAUUCAACUGAAAUUUAACAUAGUUGCUGGACUUGAGAAAUUUAACCAUAGUAAUUAAAGUCUUGACACUGGGUGAAUUUAGCAGUGACAGUUGUAAGCCUCGAGAGAAAUACUUGACAGUUAUGCAGGUUGUUGCAUAUUGUUUCACUCAUUCUAACCUCAGCUGAUGAUCUGAAGAUCACAGGUCAAUCUUCUUUGCCAAAUAAACAGUCAUGUGUGUAUCUCAGAGCAUAUUAUAUGCUCAAAAGAAAACUAAUAUUAAUGCCCUCUUACUUAUUGUUAUAGUUCCAUUACAUAACACUUAUGUUCUUCAUUGAAAGUUGUUUUCAUACAUUUUUUUAUUGUAAUGUACAUAAGAAAAACUGAUGUUGUUACUGCGACCACUCACAUUAUAUUUUUCCAGUAUUCGUAUGAAUAUUUUAACUGUCUUCACGUAUUUAGAUACAUGUACUGCAUCUGUUUUACACAGAAACUUUAAUUUAUGACCACUGUACUUAUCCAUCAUCCUUGCCAGUUGCUUAUCAGUAUUGUUUAUAUGGCAGCUUGGAAUAUCAUGUGCAUUUUUAUUUAGAAAAAGUUGGUUUUUUGUCGAGUAUGAUAUGUGGUGUAACUGCAUACAGUUAUGAAUAAUAUUCAUAAAAGGCAGAAUUGCAGCAUAUAACAUGCUGUACUGUUAUUAAUGCUUUACUACUCUCAUACAGUAUCUGUAUAUAUUAGCAGAAAAUGCAUUCCUGAGAACAUUUGUCAUAUCCAGUACUAUAUGCAAAUAAGUACAAGUUUCUUUUCAUUUAUAAAUCGUAUAUUUUGUUGGGAUCAACUGAUCCUGUGAAACUGAGAUUAUGAGGGAGAUACAAUGCUACCUUGUGCCUUUUCUUCACACAAGAAUAUCAAAUAUGACGGACAAAGACUGAUGUUAUUAAUCCCCUUUACAUUGUAAGCUCUAAGUAUUCCUGAAAGAAAGAUUGGCCAUACUCAGAUAGUAGAUGUUUUUAAGGUUUGCUUUAGAACGUUUCAUGUCUGCAGGGUAACUAUCGUACUGCAUUUUUAUCAAUAAAAAAAUGAGUUGUGUAUCAUAAGGCAGGAUAUGCUGUUUGGUUUGGUAGCUUGACUGAAUAACCUGGCACUAUCUGUUGCCCAAGACCAUAAACGAUCUUUCUAGCAUAGCAGACCUAAAAACCCAUAGACGCACAUUAGAGUACAUUUAGUGGCAAAUGGGAAAGUAAGUGUUUUCACAGAGCGUUGGCUGUUGGGAUUCAUUUUGAUUUAAGUAAUCCAUCAUCAUCAUAUCUGAACAGUGAAGAGGGACUUUCACGUAAAAUGUUUGUAUUCGAGUCCAUUGUCAAAUUAAAUCAAUGUAAUAUUUUGGACCUUGGUUUGCUGUAAAACUAGAAACCAAAAAGUAGUAUUUUUGAACUUGUUUUGAUAAUAAGAUAAAUUUAUCAUUAUAACUCACAAAAUAUUUUGUACAAUCUUUACAUAUUGAUAUUAGUUUUAGAAACUAAGCUCUCAUAAAUGGUUUAAGAGAAAAAUCCUAAACUAUGCACAGUAUUCUUUAAAUGUUUUUAUAGAUAUUUGUGGAUACAAGUAACCUAUAUACUAUAUGUUAUGACUAUAAUUAAAAAAGUAAUUAUUUAA